AGGAGGGAGGGAGGGAGUGUGUCAGAGACCGGGGGAAGGAGGGAGUGUGAGGGGGAGUGUGUGAGGCCCCGGGGGCCGGGCCCUCCUCCCGCGGGAUGUCGGUGGUCUUCGUGCCGCAGAGACUGCGGGGCAAGUGCGAGAUUAACCAGGCGACCAUCCAGAAGUUACUUGAUGAAAACAACCAAUUAAUUCAGUGCAUUGUGGAGUAUCAGAACAAUGGAAAGGCUGCAGAGUGCACUCAAUAUCAGCAGAUCUUGCACAGAAACCUCAUCUAUCUGGCUACAAUAGCAGACUCCAGCCAGAAUGUGCCCAGUGCCCAACCUGUGGCACUCAGUCAGCCAAUGGCAAUGGGACCAGGAGGAAUGGAACCUGUGGGGAGAACUGCAGACUCCGUGGGGAGUGGAACCCCUCCUCCUGGGGCAGGAAACACUCAUCAAAUAGCAGGUGUCGGAGCAUCAUUUCCCCAGGGCCAGCCUCAUUGCCAACCUGUUACCUCAAACCCCUCAAUAGGCUUGCCUGUCAGCAGUCACAGCAACGUGGGAAGUUUCAACCAAUCGAUGGCUCCGCCACAGAGCCUGCCAGCCCAGGAGCAGAUAGGAAUGAGUCUUGGACAGCCUCUGGGCACUCACCUACAGCCUGUGGCCCAGCAGAACCCAGCUUCUGCACAGCCACAAGCAGCUCAGGGGGAAUAUUUCAACAACCAGUUUAACCAGACGCAGGUUCCACCAGAGGGAAUGAACCUACAACUUUAUUCAGAAGGUACAUGGUAUGGACCUCAGCAGGGGCAGUUCCCACAGAACUCCAGCUCUCACCAGCAGAACUUCUACCAGCAAUAUCCCACACAGCAGCCGCUGACAAGCACGCCUCAGGAAUUUAAUUCUGCACAGAAUUCUCAAGGACAGUUCAGAAACUUUCAGCAGGAUCCAGGGCAACAGUACGUUGCCUAUAGACCUCAGCAACCUGCUCCCAACCCAGCACAACAACAGGCAUUCCAGUAUAGUCAGGGAGCUCAGUAUGGGGGCUUUCAGUAACACUUGGAGAUGUGAAUGUUGAAACUGCCAAUGGACUGCUUCAUACUGUGGACAUUUGUGUUCUGCACAUAGAAGUUUUGCAAACAGAAUUCACUUUAUGACUUUACUGAAUUGUUUUGAAAAUAUUUCUAACUGCUAUCAGUCGUGAUCCACCCAGGCCAAGCAGUUAACACUAAUUUUCAUGCACCAAUACAGAUCUGUUAUUGUUUGGGAGCUUAUGGACAGCCCUGAAACCUCGACCCACCUCUCCUGAAGACCCUGGACCCUUACUGGAAUUUAGUUCCAUAUAUCCCUCCUUCUCUCUCAUCCUCCUUGCUGUCCCUCCAAGGUGAGAAGUCCCACUUUAUAUUUGAUUUGAUUUGUCCUUUGGUACCAACAUCAUCCAUGGCCUACCCCUUGCGGCUACUCUUUGUGACUGGACAUCGCUUAGUGCCUGAAGUUGCUGGUUCCAGUUCUCCAACUGUUGUCGCUCAGAGAACCAGCAACCUUUCAGAAUGGAAGCGCUUGAUACUGUCCAUUAUGCCCAUGCAGACUUUAUCAUUUAAUAAGCCAGUCAGUGCCACUCUACUGCCCUUUUCCCUUGCACCCCUGAAAUUUUCCACUUUGAUUCUAUUUUUUGUUAUUCCUUUACAGGAUAUGGUGUCACUGGCCGAGCUAGCAUUUUGUCCAUCUUUCAUUGCAUGGUCUUGCUCAGCCAUUUCAAAGGGUAGUGAAAUGCUGUGGGUCUGGAGUCACAUGUAGACCAAAGCAGGGUAAGGACAGCAGAUUUCCUUCCCUAACCAGCAUUAGUGAACCAGAUGGGUUUUUACAAUAGUGACAGCAGUUACAUGGUCACUGUUAGACUUGCUUUUACUUGCAGACGACUUAUUAAUUGGAAAUAAACCCCCAUCCUCAGAGCACUAGCCUCGGCUUCUCUACUACUCAGGUGAUAGUGGUGUAAUGAUGGUGGACUAAUCUAGUAAUCAGGAGGCCCCAGCUAUGCACAUCCUGCUGCGAUAGCUGGUAGACUAUUCAUCUAGAGACCCAAGUAAUCUUCUGACGAUCUGGGUUAAAUCCUGCUAUGGCAAAUGGUAGAAUUUGAGUUCAAAAAUAAUCUAGAGAAAUGACUAUAAUGGUAUCCAUGAAACCAUUGCCAGUUAUCAGAGGCAAAACCCAUCUGGCGCACUCAUGUCCUGUCGGGAAAUAAAUCUGCCGUCUUUCCCUGGUCUGGCCUACAUGUGACUCCAGACCCACAGCAAUGUGGUUGACUCUUAACUACCCAGCCAGUGAUGUCCACUUCUCAUGAAUGAAUAAAGAAAAGAAAAUUUAAAUUCAGUUAAUAUUCUUCAAAUAUUGUCCAAUUACUUGUAAAGGUUUCCUUUUAAUAUAAUUUUGCCAGCCAUUGAGGCAACAUGAUCCAGAUCAAAACAACUUGGAGUAUUCGUUCAAAAUGGUUCUCCUCCCUUUUUGAUUUUUGAACAUCUUUGUGAAAUCUCCCCUUUAUCUUCUCACCUGAUGGAGAAUAAUGAUAGCUUCUCCAAACACUCCAUGUUAGUAAAUGUGCUGAGGUGGGGGGGGGAGUUCGAAGAUGUGACAGGGAUGGACAGGCUGUCCAGCAUCUCCAGAGAUAUUAAUAAGCAAGUCAAGCACAUCUCUGUGUCCAUGACAAUGGGAUGGUAAACACACAUAAGGUUCUUGACUGCGGAACACGGCCGUGUCGAAACAAUAAGCAGGUGACGCUGAUGACAUCCCAACCACAGUUCCCUUGACACUUUCUGAUUGGGAAAGCAGUGAUUGGACUAACUGAGUUGGCUCUGACAUAAUCCAUUGCUUUGGUAAGUGGGACCAGCAUCUUAGCAGUUGAAUAGCAAAUUUCUUUUUUCUUAACACACCAGUUUUAAUUCUGAAAAAGGAUACUGUGUGGGAAUUUGAGGGGCUGUUAACAUGACAGGAUUUAGGUACGAUCCUUGUGUACAUUAGAGGUGGUGGAUUUGAAGUUGAACUUACAUAUGUAGGAACCUUUUGGAAUCAGAAAGGGUGACUAGUUAAGCAUCUGUUCAACUUUCUGACAAUUAAAAGUUUUUUUUUCCUAUA